AUGAAGGCCCUCUUUUACAUAGGUUUGUGCUGUGCAAUGGCGUCUGGUGGCCUCAGUAUCACUGUCUUAGCAGAUAUACACCUGGACGAGAGAUACAUAGAGACAGGCUCCCAAGAGGUUUUCUGCAGAGAAAAUCAGGACAGACCAGAGGCAAAGUACUCUCUUCCAGGAUGUGAUUCAUCUGAAAGCCUUGUUGAUGCAGCAUUAGCCAGCCUUCAAAAGGAAGGGCCUUAUAAUGUGAUGGUUGUCCUUGGAGACAUCGGGCCCCACUCUUCGGAGUCUCCAGAGAUGACCCAGCGAGCUAUUAAAGCAAUCGCUGAUAAGCUUAGGCGCCUCUUCAUAAACAAACCUCCCGAGCAGGAGAUGAUCAUUCUUCCUGUGAUAGGAAACAACGACGUCUUUCCUACCUACGCUGUACCUACAGAGGAUGGGGACCCCCAGUUACUAUUUGUGGCAGACCAGUUCAAAGACCUGAUGACCACUGAGGGGUACAGACAGUUUCAAAGACGGGGGUAUUACAGUGUCCCUCUUUCUAAACAUCGAGUAACUUUCCUUGUUAUUAAUGCUAAUUACUACAGUGUACGUCAUAGAGAGCUAGGCGAGGACCCGGCCGAUCAGUUUAAGUGGGUAGAGAACCAGAUGAUAGAGGCAAAAGCCAAGGGGUACCGUGUAAUCCUUAUCAGCCACAUUCCAUUUGGUGUCAAUGUAUAUGACGAAAGCGAGGCCCUUCAUUCACAAUACACUGAUCGUAUUAGGUCCAUUCUGCGAAGAUAUGCAUCGACUGUUUUGGCUUGCUUGUAUGGGCAUUACCACAGUGCCUACCCACUGGUUCUAUCAGCAGGGGAGGAGCCAUUAGUCCCCAUGUUUAUCUGCCCAUCAAUCGCACCUAGCAACUACAACAAUCCUGGAUAUUAUGUUUUCCACAUAUCACCGCUCCACGAGGUAGACUACGAUCAUUAUGCGCUUAAUAUAGAAGCUGCCAAUAUGCAGCAUAGAGAAAUGCACAAUAGUACAGAAUUGGCGUCCUUUGAUUGUCUGUAUAGGUUUUCUCAGCGCUAUCGGCCUUGGUUGGGACUAAGGGCUUUGCCAACAGCACAAAACAUUGCACAUUUAUAUGAACACAUGCUCAAUGACGACUUUGUUUGGUAUCAGGUUCGCGCCGCCACUACAUCUAUGCUGUCAGAGCGGAGACUAGACUUUCUACAAAUGGCAGUGGACAAAGCGUUCAUGGACGCGUAUAACCUUAGCAACUCCAACUGA